UUCAAUCUUGUUGUAACAACUCUCAGCACUCUGUGGUGCUGUAUUUGUUACGUCAUUUAAGUAUGGAAUGUAACUGUUACCUUUUUCGAUAAUACUACGCAUUCCUCCGUUAAAAUGCUUAGCUUUAAAGGACUUGAUAUUACUUAGAUAUUAAUCAACCCGAAACCCCAUGCGCAUGUCGUUUGCUGUCCAUGACAUUACAGUCUAUCAAACUGAAGAAUAUGAGUACCUCCAAUUAUUUAAAUCCGGUUAUUCGUAGCAUUUUCUUUCAAUCUUACAUAUAUCAUUUUAAAUAAAACGUUACAGUCAUUUGUGUCACAUUUUCUCUGGAAUUGACAAACAUACGAUUUCCAAAUUACAAGCAUGGUGCAGCUCUGUUGCAUAAGGCGUCUUUCUAAUUAAAGUCAACGAAUGCGAUUCAAUGUAGCAAGAGGCAAAUGUGUAUUCACAUUCCUCCCACAGUUUGUGAACAUGUUUUUAAUCGAACAUAGGCAACUUCGUUUAGACUUGUGUGUGGCUGCUACCUGUGAAACGUUUUUAUCUUAUAAUUGUGGUAUUUUGGAUAUGUUUGAAGUGGAAUCGUUUCACGAUGAGAUAUUCUGGGCGAAUAUACCCCCGUCUACUGCAUUGCUAAAUGUAAUUUGUUGACUUAGGUGUCCUGAAUUAGUUGAUGAAUUUUCUAUUGAUCCAAAGCAGCCCGAUUUAUCUUUGCCAGCUAUAACGCCUUCCCUCCUCCCCAAGCUUUGCAAAGGCGUUAGCAUCGCGAUUACAAAAAGAUUUACAAGCCACGGACACAUUCUAAUAUAUCAGAUCUUAUUUCAUGCUUUUUGUUGUUAAAAAGGCUGACUCAUUUUUUGGAGUCAUACCGACUAGCAAGACAUCAUUGAUGCUUAUAGGGGGGAUAAUCUUGUAGACGAAUUUUGGUUUGUUUAACGGACUUAAAUCAAAAAUAACCUAUUUGUAAAAUUACUAAGUUUUAGGAAUGAAAAACGAAGCUCACUAAAUUCUGCAAUCAAAAACUGAGGAGAAGCUUGGGAGCAUUCAGCGUCCAAUUCCAUUUCCUUAUCCGGGAAUCGAACGGGACCAACCAUUGGUUGUCAGUGUCACAUGAACGCCUAACUUUGUUCACUUGACAGUAAAGUAGGAGGGUUUAGGUAACAGGAAAAACGGCUGGGUUAGAAAAAAUUUUGAGUUAUUUUGCAUUUCAGAUAUUAAAGGUCAUGAGUUCGUUUUUGAUUAAUUCUAACUAUGUGGACCCUAAAUUUCCACCGUGUGAAGAGUAUUCACAGAACAAUUACUUACCAAGCCAUUCUCCGGAAUACUUUACCCGGGCACGGGAGCCCGGGUUCCAGCAUGAGGCGAUGUACCCGCGGUCAGCGUACAGCGAGCAGCCCUACUCCUCUUGCAGCAACCUCCAGGGCUCGGGCGAGCAAGUCGUGGCGCCUAGGGGUCACGUACAAUCGCAGACCGGCCUGCAGAACCACUUAAGCAAGCAUGGCCACCAGUGUGUCUCUGUGACUCCAAGCCCACCGCCCUCUUGCAGCCAGAACUUCAGCAACCAAAACACUCCUUGUUCCAAAGAGCCUGUGGUUUAUCCGUGGAUGAAGAAAUUGCAUAUAAACACCGUGAACCCUAAUUACAAAGGAGGGGAACCCAAACGCUCCCGCACUGCUUACACGAGGCAGCAAGUUCUAGAGCUGGAGAAGGAGUUCCAUUUUAAUCGUUACCUAACCCGGAGACGAAGGGUGGAAAUAGCCCAUUCUCUUUGCCUGUCAGAACGGCAGAUUAAAAUAUGGUUCCAGAACAGGCGAAUGAAAUGGAAAAAGGACCACAAGUUGCCAAAUACCAAAAUCAGGUCUACGACAGGCUCUUCGUCCUCUGCAAGUCAUCAAUCGCAAGGAAGCUCUCAAAACCAGGAGCCAAGUGGACCAUCAGCCACAUUAUAGCUGCUGUUAUUGGAGAGAAAUUGGCAGACGCGCGCAUAAACAUAGAAUUUUAACUGAGAGAUUGUUUAUUUAUAGUGGCAAAAUCUAAACUGUAAAUACUCCGAUUUUGCCCACUCCUCUUCCCCUCCCCCAUAAGUAAUAUUGUAGAUUGCAGUUUUCAGAAGAGAUUGGCAAAGAUGAAUCCUCGUUUCAUCUUUAAUCACGCCAAAGUCUCCCCAUUUGUCAUGUUUACUUGGUGGUACAAAGGAUGAACUCUAUGCCUACGAUUACCUCGACAGCAAACGAACACUUUAAUAAAUGAGGCUCCGUUUCGUCAACCUGGGAUGACAAACUGUCUUUUAUUCACACAAAACAAACCCACAAGAAUGUUGAAGCAUUUCAGCAAGAUGGCCCUUGUGGUUUUAAGCUUGGAGUCAUUUUCCAUUGGGUUUUACAAAAAGAAACAUUUGGGGUAUUUUCUUUGGAAUAUUACACCGAUAUGUACGUUUUCCUCAGACGUUAUGAUCCCAAAUAUAUUACUUUCGGUGCCAAUAAACAUGUAUGUAGUUGUACUUUAAAGACAAACGUGUAAAAAUCAUGUGUAGGAAUAAAUUAUGUCAACAAAGUUAUUUAAAGUGGUUAUGAAAAUAUGUUGCAUGUGACUUGUACAGCCACGAUAUAAUACUUGCUUCUGGCCUCAGUAUUAGCAAAUUGUGCAUUAGCUGAAAGAAGUGGAAAGUUAGACAGAUGAAGUUUUUUUUAAUUUCCUUAUAAUUCUUUAUGACAUUCCAAACUUUGAAGUUUAGCAGCUACUUCGCUCUGGCCCACAGGAGGAUGUAUUUUCGUUAGCAGUCUGUGUCCUUGCAUUGUUCUCUAUGUAUUGACUCUCAUCCAGACCAAAAUACGUGUAAAUAGUAAUAACCGAAAUAAAUUUUUUCAAGGUG